AUGGACAAACGGACGAACCGACGAACGGACCAACGGCCCCGGCGCUUCGGCAGCAGCAGCGGCGGCAGCAGCAGCGACUCUAGAGACGAGCUCUCGGUCUUUCUCCUGCUCUUGCUCUUCUUCCUCCUCUCCGUCUCCCGGUGUCCCUGUCCUGGUGUCCCUGUCCCGUUCCCGGUCUCCCUCUCCCGCUGUCCCGGUGUCCCUGUCCCGGUGUCCCUGUCCCAUUCCCGGUCCCCCCUCCCCUUGCCGGCCCGGGCCAUGGCCCCGGCCGUUCCCCUCUGCCGGGCGGGGCCGCCCCAUCCCCGGCCCUGGGCGGCCCGACGCGAUCCUGCCCUCGCCCGGCUCCCGGCGCGCCGGCUGUGGCGCUGCUGGGCGCUCCUGUGGGGCGGGCUGUGGGGCGGGCUGUGGGGCGGGUUUUGGGGCGGGCUGUGGGACGGGCUGUGGGAUGGGCUGUGGGGCGGGCUGUGGGAUGGGCUGAGGGGCGGGCUCGGCCUCGCCGCCCCUUGGCUCCGCCCGGCUCGAGCCCGGCGCCUGCCGGGGCCGGCGGGGGACGCGGGCGCCGCGGCCGCUGCCGCCUCCUCGGCGGGUUCCCCGGGCAGAGCUCCGCCGCCGCUGCCCGCUGCGGGUGGGGAAGCCCGGCCCGGGCCGCUCGAGGGGCGCUCGGGGGCCGUGCCGGGCCCCGGCCCGAACGCUGACGGCCACGUCUCGCCCGCGCGGAAGGCGAAGGGACCCCUGCAGAAGCGCUACCGGCUGGGUUCGCUGCUGGGCAGCGGCGGCUUCGGCCGCGUCUACGCGGGGACCCGCCUGGCGGACGGAGCCCCGGUGGCCAUCAAAGCCGUGCCCCGGGAUCUCAUCCGGCGCUGGGGCGAGCUGCCCGACGGCACCCUGGCACCCCUGGAGAUCGUGCUGCUGGACAAGGUGUCCAAUGGCUUUCGUGGUGUCAUCCAGCUCCUGGAGUGGUUCGAGCUCCCCAACAGUUUCUUGUUGGUGAUGGAGCGUCCGGAGCGCUCUCGGGACCUCUCUCGCGUAAUCACGGCGUGGAGGUUCCUGCCGGAGGAGAUGGCGUGGGGGCUGUUCCGCCAGGUGCUGAAGGCCGUGCGGCACUGCACCAGCUGCGGCGUCCUGCACCGGGACAUCAAGCCCCAGAACAUCCUCCUCGACCUGGCCACCGGCGAGGCGAAGCUCCUUGACUUUGGAUGUGCCACCUUCCUUCAGGACACGGUCUACACCCAGUUUGCAGGAACACCGUCAUACAGCCCGCCAGAGUGGAUCUGCUUCAAACGCUACCGCGGCGAGGCGGCCACGGUCUGGUCCCUGGGCAUCCUGCUCUACCAGAUGGUCUGCGGGAAGCACCCGUUCUGCAGAGGCACCAACACCAUCUGGGACCAGCUCCCGUUCCCACCACGGGUCUCUCGAGGGUGCCAGCACCUUAUCAGGUGGUGUUUGUCCAUCCGCCCCUCGGACAGGCCAUCACUGGAAGACCUAUUGUGCCAUCCUUGGGUGCAGGGCAUUCGCCUGCUCUAGAAGAUGGGAGAGAUCCACGUGCUCACUUUGAUCCAGGGGCCUGGCAAGUAACACCUCCACACAUCUCUUGGCAAUAAGAAGUAAAGAAAACCAGACUUUUUUGUCAUGCCUGUAGCACUGAGGGGGGAUCAUCACAUGGGAACAUGCACCUCUUUGUGCUGGAGCUGGGCUGCAGACCCGGUCUCCCAAGUGCUGGUGGCCACCAUCCAACCUGGUUUUGCUCAUCCUGCUUCACAGACAGCUGGGCCCUCGGCAGAACACUGACAGCCUGGUCUGGCCCCCAGGGAAGGAGAAGGGGCCUCUGGAGAAGCUGUGCCAGGUGGGGCUGCUGCUGGAGACAUCGAGGACGACGUCAGGGAUGACAAGCUCUUUGUUGUUGACCUGGACACCGGCGAGCUGAAGAUGAUGGGCUUUGAUUCUGACCCCUUCCUCCAAGCCGUGCUCCACACGCCGUUUGCAGAUGAGUCCACACCCAGGGGGUGCUCCCGGGCAUUGCUCAGCCUGGCUGGGCACCGAAGGUUCCCCCUUUGCU